AUGUCACCGAGCUUUUCAUUUGGAACUUUGCAUUUUGGGCAGGGGAAAGCAGUUUUGAUCCCCGAUUUGGUACCUGCCACCUUGCACUGCUCCGGGGAAAACGACGGAGGAGGGGAGGGCCAGGGGGACGGCAGGGAGGAGGGCAGGGCGGAGGACAGGGAGGAGGGCAGGGCGGAGGACAGGGAGGAGGGCACGGAGGAUGGUAGAGAGGAGGGCAGGGAGGAUGGUAGAGAGGAGGGCAGGGAGGAUGGUAGAGAGGAGGGCAGGGAGGAUGGUAGAGAGGAGGGCAGGGAGGAUGGUAGAGAGGAGGGCAGGGAGGAUGGUAUAGAGGAGGGCAGGGAUGAUGGUAGAGAGGAGGGCAGGGAGGAUGGUAUAGAGGAGGGCAGGGAUGAUGGUAGAGAGGAGGGCAGGGAGGAUGGUAGAGAGGAGGGCAGGGAGGAUGGUAGAGAGGAGGGUAUGGAGGAUGGUAUAGAGGAGGGCAGGGAUGUUGGUAGAGAGGAGGGCAGGGAGGAUGGUAUAGAGGAGGGCAGGGAUGUUGGUAGAGAGGAGGGCAGGGCGGAGGGUAUGGAUGACUACACAUUGUCGUCCUUUACAUGCGAAAGGGCCACUCAGAACCACUCACUUUUUUAA